GUCCGGACAUGGCCCAGAUGGAUAAGAUGCGUGUGUUCGUGAGCCAGCGGCUGAACGCGGCGGUGGAGGAGAUCCUGGCGAUGUUCGCUGGAACCCUGAUGAAGUACGAGCAGGAGGCGGCGCAGUGUCACGAGGUCAUGUCCCGCCAGCACGCGCUGCUCUGCGCGCUCAACAGACCCGUCAUGGACUCUCCGUAUGCAGACAUGUUCACAAAGCAGAUGUUGUUGAACGAAGAAGCGGCUCCCUUGGACCUCCAGGACCAGAACCAGAACCCACCUCAGGACACGGUUCCAGAGCCUCCACAAGCUGGAGAGGAACCGGCUGAGGAGCAGCUCCAAGAUCUGGAGGCAGAGAUCAUCGAGUUCACCUUCAACUCCAAGCUGGCAACCAAGCCCUCACAGAACCGCCAGCUGUCCACUCAGAACCGCCAGCUGUCCACUCAGAACCGCCAGCUGUCCACUCAGAACCACACUCAGAACCGCCAGCGGUCCGAUGAACCGGGCCCGCCGAGAGCCCGUCAGGACGUCUCCCUGGUGUUAUCGUCUGACACCGAGGACAGCAGCGACUACAACAACGACCCCAUUGAGAUGGACUCCACUAAGGACAAACCUCAGGAGCUUUCUAAACCCGACGGCUUCAGCUGCCUGGCCUGCAGCCGGACCUUCAGCGCCCGCAGGUUCCUGUCCAGACACGUGGGCGCUCACCUGCGGGACAAACAGCACGUCUGCGGUCUGUGCGGGGAACGGUUUGAGCGCAGCGACGGUCUGGCUCUUCAUCUCCGGACUCACCGGAGGACAAACACGCUGCAGAUUCAGGCCAGAACCCUGAACCGGGAGAAGCGGCUCCAGCGGAGCUCCGGUCUCCAAGUCCACGUCCAAGUCAAGGGCCGCCAGGAGCCAAACAAGUGUGGUAACUGUGGCAAAGCUCUCCUGAAGGGGAGGCACAAGUGUCUGCCCCAAAAGAACAGUAAGGACAUUAACCUGGAAAAACCCAGGAAAAAGAGGAGGAGGAUGAUUUGAAUGAUGCGUUCAAUCGUGAUGUUUGUUCCUUGCAGUUUAGUGUAUGUUUUGAUGAAGAUUAAACCUACAAACAACUUAUUUAGUUUAUUAUCAGUUUGUCACAUUUCUAGUGUAACAUCUUGUGUUUUUGUUAGUUUGUCAGUACUUGAUUUUUGGUAGCUUUCACACCAGCAACUUUUUAUUCAGUUUACAGGACUUUCUCAGAAAAUUAGAAUAUUGUGAUAAAGUUCUUUAUUUUCUGUAAUGCAAUUUAAAAAA